AUGACUGUGCAUGCGCAGAAAGUUCUGCCCGGCAGCGACUUGCCUCGGGGCAUAAUUUUGGAGACCUUCGCAUUUUGCCAUGAGGGCGCCUGGGGGCGUCUUUUCGACGUGCCCUGCCUCGCCCGGUCCUGUGUGUGGAGCUCCAUAAGCGCCCGUGCAAUUCCCGUCACACAAGACGCCCCGGGGCAAAGUGCCCUGUCGCGCCCUGCCUUGCCUGGUUCUUCGUCGCAAUUUCCAGGUUCAACCGUCAGUUUCAAAGAAGCUGUGGAAGUUACACACAAACCAACUCCAGUUCACUCUGAAGAUUCUGUCCAUUCUAAGAAGACGAUUGACAGUGACAGAUACAUAGCUCUGACCAAACAGCUUGAGCAAGCUCUGUGGGAGAAUGAACGGCUUAAGAAGCAGUUGCAAGAACGAGGCGGGGAUGAAGCUCUGAAGAGACAGAAUCAGAUUUUGGAAGACGAGCUGAACCAAGCUUUACGGGAACUAAGGGAAGUGAGGCCUAUUGCGGAGGAGCACAAUAAACAUUGUUCUGCUCUGCGGACAGAGAUAAUCACGAGAGAACACUGCCAUCAUGCGGAGGAACAUUUGGAGCCCGAGUACGCAAAGGAAGUGUCCACUGGGCAAACGAUACAUACUACGUUCACUGCUCAACAGGCGUCCCCAGUGCCGUCUUAUUCAUCAAGGGGACGACAACCGUACGUUUCCCAUGUUUCGCCACCACCCUCGGAACAUUGUGUGAAGACGGUGGACAUAAACGAUCCGGCCCAGCGGGCAAACUUGGUGAUCGUCUCAAAACACGAUUUUGAAACGGUGCUGAUGCAGAAGAAGAAGUAUACGACAGAAGUGGAAGUAAUGGAGCCGGCAGACGACAGACAAUCACUCAACUGUAAAUUGGAGAUCUGCAUGUUCGACUUGGACAUUGACAAUAGGAUGAUGGAGUAUCUGUCAAGCAUACAGCCAGAGCCCAAGGUGUAUGUAGAGUGGAGUUUCGUCGGGUUAGAUCAGAGGACAGCGCCACUGCCAGCGGAACGGGCUCUCUUCUACACCAACGUGAUGUACUUCGGCCCCCUCAGCUCUGAGAUCAAGCACUACCUAAAUAAGGUAGAGAUGCCAAUAGACCUGUACCUGGUAAGAUCCUCAGGGCAUCCUGUGAAGGUGGCUGAAGGCACGCUGGACAUGCUGCAAGCCAUGGAGCAGCCCAACAGAUGCUUCAUACGCAGUGUGUUUCUCCGAGGGAAAGACCUACCUAGCCGCUACGCAACAGACAGGGCUAUGGCAACCGUCAAUUGUUCAUUCAUUCUUCAUGAGUGCUGUGUUGGCGACCCACCAUUCAGGGACCAGCUAGAAGUUGCCAUUGGAACUUUGUACCUCAAGAAUAGAGACGGUGGGGUUGUGCCUGAUCAUGCAACUCAUAUUUACAUCGAGUACGCUCUUUUGGGUCACUGUGGUCCAGAUCUGGAGACUGACAGUAUUCCCAGGGGUGAAGUCAUGAAGUUCAAACACAGUAAGAAACUGAGAGUGAAUGAUGAGAAUGCACCUCACUUGAAGGCGAUGCUGGAAGACAGAGAUCCCAAGCUACUGAGGUUCACAGUGUGCGCCGAACCUUGCAGCUUGACUGCGGACACGGAGGUGGAGACAAUGGGGCAUGCAGACGUUAAUCUAAAUGAAGAAAUGAUAAAAAGAGGCCAAGAUUUGGUUAGUUCACAAGUUCCUGUCUACAGCGUGGAUGGUGAACACCUCGGUUCAUUGAGUGUAACCAUACUAGGGAUCGGUACACUGCAGCAGAUAUACGCAGACGGUAGAGUGAAGUCACGAUGACAAGUGGGUUAAGUAAGAAGGUUACAUUCAAACUGUACACAGAUAUUUGACAUCACAAGAAUUAUACUGUAUUCAUCUAAGAAUAAAAUAUGGUUACCACAGA